AUCGAAAUAUAUCCCACCACUACGUUUUUAUGGUUUGUUUUCAUUUUACAUAUUUCAAAGAUCACGGAUUGUUUUAUAAAAUAAGGUACUGGAUCUUAAGAUGUCUAUGUCGGUGGACAGCAAUAAGUCCUUGCUGAGAAAGGGCGACAUGAAGCUGGAAAACUAUCCCACAUGUGCGGUGGAGGCACUUACUCGACUUGAAACAUUGAUCGCCAGCCGGAACAAGCAGAAUAUGGUGAUGCAAAUCAUAUCGGAGUACAUAUUCCUGGAGAGAACCGGCAAGGACGGCGAUGUGCGAAAGUCGCAGGCGCUACCUAUUAGCCAGAUGAAUCUCUUCCAGGAGUUCCAGCUGAUCAUAGCGCUGAUUGAGUAUUUCUCGCGACCAGGAAGGGAUGCCACCCGCAACGCCAUAUUCCUAUCGCUAUUCGGGAGCCACCUGACCCCGCAACGAUCCAAACUGCUGUCCAGGCUGAUCAGCACAGCGGUUUCCGGAUCCGUGGCACCACUGCUCUCUUCGGCCGGCACGUGGAUGCAACAGGUUGGCUGCAAGACGCCACUCAGCCUUGAGGUGGCCCAGAAUAUAGUCAGCGACUUCAUCUCGUACUCCCGGAAAACGCCAGAGCAACUGAAGCAGCUGCCCAUGGUGGGUCCGCACUUUGCGGCCAACUUUAUGGUCGCCGUGGCAGAUCUGUAUCUCAAUGAGCAGCGCUCGCAGACCCUGAAUCCCCCGCCAGAUGCACUACUGGACACCAUAACCGAAUGGAUGACGGAGAAUCCUACGCUGUGUCAAGCAUCGCAGCAGCCUUUGGUCCUGCCCGCCGGCGCUAUAGCUAUGCCCUUUGCCACUCCUUUAGCGGGACUCCUGCGCUGGGUGGUCCUGGCUCCUCUGGUCUCCAACCGGCAGGCCUACAGCAAUCUGCAUCUCUCCCUCCUGCGUGCCCUGCAGCAACUUGUCAGCAGUGGAGAAUCGACCGCUCUGCCCAGCCAGGAUCUUAUGCAGAUCGUGAAGUCUCUGCAGAGCUAUUGCGCACGGCUGGGGGAAUCUAAAACGGAUCCCGACACGGAUGCUGCCUAUCAGAAGUGUAUGGAGCGAUUUGCCCAAGCCGUGCAAAUCGCCCUGAGCUCAAACUGCAUCACCAAUCAGAUUCAGCUGCUGUGCCUCCUGGAAUCCUUGCCGCCACACAAGCUGAUGAAAAUCGUUAUAGAAGCCCAUAAAAAGUAGUAGAAUAUCUAAUUAAAUAUAUAGCCUUUUGGAAUAGUAA